AUGUCUUCUUCUAAAGAAGCUGAAAAUAACUCCGAAACUCCAUCCUCGCCAGAGAAGAUAUAUAAAGACCCAGAUGAUGGGAGGCAACGGUUUUUGUUGGAAUUGGAGUUUAUUCAAUGUCUUGCUAACCCCACUUACAUCCAUUAUUUGGCUCAGAAUCGCUAUUUUGAAGAUGAAGCGUUUAUUGGCUAUUUGAAGUACCUACAGUACUGGCAGCGACCAGAGUACAUGAAAUUUAUAAUGUAUCCUCAUUGCCUAUAUUUUCUUGAACUUCUCCAAAAUGCAAAUUUCCGCAAUGCAAUGGCACAUCCCGGCAACAAGGAGUUGGCACAUAGGCAACAAUUCUUUUUCUGGAAGAACUACAGAAACAAUCGGUUGAAGCAUAUUUUGCCCAGACCCCUCCCUGAACCUGUCGCUGCACCCCCUGCUCCAGGUCCUCCCCCUUUACCUCCUGCUCAAUCUGGGCCACCCAUGCCAUCUGCAACUCUUGGUAUGCCGGCUGCUCCUGGUGCAGUCCCUUCUCCCAUGCCUUACGGCAUGCCUCCUGGUUCUGCUUUUGUAAAAAGUGAUAUCAGGAGCAGUGGAAGUGAACGGAGAAAGAGGAAGAAAGAAGUUUAA